AUGAUGGACCUCCCCUACAGCUCCAACACUCUCCCCCCUCCCACUUGCUCGUGGCUCUCUGUGCCCACGUUCUGGCAGCCGGCAGAGUUUUCCGUCCUGUGUCGGGUUAACAUCGCAGACCUCAUGGAAGCAGCGGAGGAAACUCUCACUUACCGAGAUGGCCCCGGACCUCACAGGACGCUGCUCCCAGGGGACAAGGCCAAGGACACCGGGGGACAUUUUGAGAUAAAAAGUGAGUCCAAUUAUGUGGAUUUGGACAUGAGACCAGAAGGCGCCAAGACUGUGAAAGUAACAUUUACCGGAGAGGGAAGCCAACUGUCUGUCAAAAGUGACGGCUCAAAGCAGGGGGCAAGUGGACCGGCAUCUGUGGACUCCGUAGAUAUGGGCGGCGGUGUUGUGCCAAGUGGACCCGAAGCGAAAACUGGAGCCAAACUUUCCUAUGAGGAGUACUCCGGUGAUGAGAUGCAUCUACAGUCAGAAGUUGAUCCAAGCGACUGCAGCGAGGGAGACGAGCUUCAAUACACGGACAUAUACUUGAAUAGCCGCAGCGAGUCGGAUGACGCUGCCAGCGUGGUUCUCUCCAACCACAGCGGCACGGACACGCCAAAGGACGAGUCUCAUUAUAUCACCACGCAUGAAAUCCAGCUGACCGAACUCGAUCACGAUGUCGAUUACGACCUGGGCCGCGGCGCCAGCUGGGACUUUGAGGACGACAACUUGGUGUACUCCUUUGUGGAUUACGCAUCGUUUGAAAGCGAUGACACCCGAACCGGGACUCUGAUCUUGGAGGGCAGAAGCCAGGUCGCCAAACUUGGUGCGAGCACAGAGCAGGAUGACAGUGAUCUUUGCGACUCAGAGAAAUGCGCCAGCUCGGAUGAAAGUGUGUGCAAAAACCACACCGCCGGUGACAAAAUCCACCUCUCGUUCCAAACCUCCAGAGAGGAGCCAGCCGGUAUUACGGACGAAUGUGCCAAGCGCUUUGGAGACACGAGCCACUUCUCUUUCGUAAGAGCGGGACCUUUGGGAGAUAACAGAGCCAAGUAUUUCAUCCCCGCUCCUGGCCGUCAGCACCUUGCAACCAAACUAAGACGGAAGGACAUUAAUGAAUAUUCCAGUGGCGCCUCCAGCUCCAUAAGUGAGCUGGAUGACGCCGACAAAGAGGUGCGUAAUUUAACCGCCAGGUCAUUCCGAAGCUUGGCGUGUCCUUACUUUGACACCAUUAAUUUAAGCACUUCGAGUGAGUCGUCCUUGUCGGAGUAUGGUUUAAACAAGUGGUCUGCUUAUGUGGAUUGGAAUUAUGGACACAUCCCUCGUGGGGCAGAUCACAGCAUAAUUGCGCACAAGACCUCAAGCGCCACAUUAGAAAUGAACGAGACUGUAGUGAGUCAUGGAGCCCCCCAAACUAAUAAGAGACUAACUUUUCAUCAGGAAGCGUCCCUUUGCCAGGGGGCGGAGAUGAAACAUCAGCGAGAGGUCACGUUGAAUGUGGAAUGUAAUUUAGAUGCACAAGUAGCCAACAGGCGACACAAAAGUAGCAAGAGAAGGUCUGAGGAGUUGCGUGGAGCAGUAUUGGCAAGGUCCGGUUGUGAAAUGCAGUGUGACCAUAGUGAAAAUACAGGGAGCACACAUAAUAGGGCUGUAUUUGCAUCAAGCCUGCUUAAAAAUGUAAUCUCCAAAAAGAUGCAGUUUGAGCAGGAACGUAAAAUGGAGAGAGGUGAAAUCACAGACACCUGCCCUGCACUCUCUCCUUGCUUUCUGGAUGGAGGCAAGGACAGGAGAGGCUUUCAGAGGCAAAACUCUGAAUCUGGCUCGGGUUACACCAAUUCUGGAGAGGACCAGCCUUUGGAAGGCAGCAGGCCUGGUUCUUGUGAGCCCACGGAAGAGCAGAGAACCACAGAUGCGCUUGAGGAUUCAGGAAAAAAAGAACCUAAAGCGGGGCUCUGCCACAGUCGGAGCAGCGCAUUUAACUCCUGGAAGGAUGAUGAAGCCGUGAAGGAGGCUGAGCUCUCUGCAGCCGCAAAGGAAGCGAAUGAGGACUCAGACAGGAGUAACAUGCUCACUAAACUUCUUUUCAUGCCGAGCUGCCAGCGUUUCUCCAAAGAGAAAGACAGUGCAGAAUGCAAGACAGGAAAUACAACUGUUAAAGAAGAAACCACCAAAGCAACAGUAAAUGUGCAGUUGAACCCAUCGAAAAACCCGAAGACAAAAAGGAGCCAGUAA